UUUGAUUUCUGGCACCUCAUUCAUUUAUUGGAACCGUCUGAAUUUUCUGUAAUCCUGACGUCACUGCGAUAAAUCAUGGCUGAAUUGGUAAGGUUGAAUCAGUUAGAAGCCGAAAGACAUGUUGAAGAGGACAGACCACCGAACCGAUUUCGGUUGUACGUCGGUCUUGGUAUAUUGGGAGCAGUUGUGAUUUUCUUCCUCGGGUUUGUCAUCGGUUACUUUGCAACGAAAGCCGGUCCAAGUGAGUCUCCUGCAAUGGUUCCCACAGGCCCUGUUAACGUCUUACCUACGACCUCACCUACGGGAAAGGGGGAUGAAUCUAAAUACAAGCAACUGCAUGAAAUGAUGGUCGAUUCACUCACAGCUGAAAAUGUUGAGGAAUUUUCCCGGUAAGUUGCACCUUAGUUUUAUAACUUUUUGCUGCAUCACACUUCCGCGCGACGCGGUGAAUAUUGCAACUUCGCGUGAGUAUUUAACAAGCGCCAACAGCUCCAGUCUACUUGAACAACUACUCCAAAUGAGCUUGGUACGGAAUACGUUUUCAUUUCCAAAAUAGAUAGUAGAGGGAGUAUUUGCCGUUGAAGGUACUGUUCAGUCGAUCGUAACUCAGCGUGGCGCUCGCCACGCUUAAUAAGUUUUACUUCCUCGUAAAAGUGAAAGCGUAAGAACCAUCUGCUCAGGCUGGGUUUUCGAGUGCAGGAUGGCACUUUUACAGGAAAGUUAAGUGAGGGCAGAUAGAGAUGGGAGGAUCUGUUAUCGAACCCAUGGGCUCCAAGAGGCAAAUAGGUUUAUCAACAGAAAGCUAGGCAAAUAUCUUGUUUCAGAGAAAUGGUGAGUAGUGAAAUAAUUUGUCUAGAACUUAGUGCCCACUCGCCUUAGUCGCACUUAAGGAGCAUAUGAAACGAAAUUUUUUCUUUGCAUUUUCUAGCUCAAUCCGGGUGAUAACUCUGUUUAAAAUAAUAAAUCAUCAACCUUAGCGCCCAGCGAGUACUCCUUAAUUGUUUUUUUUGUGUGCAUUGAAAGUACAAUUUGGAGGUCAAAAAGUGUCUCCAUUAAGGUUACUUCCCACCUUCAGAGGCCAAAAAAACUUCCAUUUGACUCAACUGAAUUAUAACAGUCAACCUAGGGUUUCCAUGAAAAAAAAUUCUGUAAUCUUUCAAAGCAUGCGAGUUAUUUAGAAAAACAUAUUUUCAAAUUCUUGGUUUUCACCCACAAGACUUUUGUAUUGACAACAGUUGCUAUCUGCCAUGUUGGUGCCCAAACAAAUAGUUACAAAUGUGCUUAUAGUAAGGUGAAAGUGAGAAAGUAGAAAUGGUUCAUUGCAUAGUUUUCAGCUGUGGCAGUAGAAAUGAUCGAGACAAAGGGAUUAGAUUUUAUAGAAUACCAUCAGUUAUAAAAAGUAAGUCUGCCUUUAAAGAAGAAUUGAUGACCAAGAGGAGAGAAAAGUGGAUACAAGUGAUAAGUCAGGGUGACAAAAAAGCAAAAGACACUCUCAAAAGCAAAUAAGUAUGCGACAAGCAUUUUGUCUCUGGAAAGCCAUCUCCUUACUGGGACAAGCAUGAUGUAGAUUGGGUGCCAACUUUAGAGCUCAGAAAGAAAAGUUAUGGCCAUGAGAUAGACUAUGAAGCAAGAGCAGAGAAGCAAGGAAGAUUGAAGAAAAGAGAGAAAUAUGCCAUUGAGCAACAGGAAUGUGAAGUGGCAGAAAAGUGUUGGAAACUCAGUGAAAGCAGUCUUCCUGUGGCCCAGAUUGACUUUAAUCAGCCAAGCACCUCCACAGAAGAAGAGAAAACCGGAAACGAAGGAAAGGAAGAUGCCUUUUUGGAUGAUCUUAUGGCAUGUGAUGAAGGCAGUGAGUCUGAUGAAAUCAGAACGAAAUUUAUGAGAGACGCCGAGUGCCAAGCAGACACAGAGUGAAAGGAUUUGGAAUGCCAAACCACCAAGUUAGAAUAUAUGUUUCAAAAAAGCAAGCAUUGGGCACCAGAUAAAGAUUUUUUUUUUAACUCUGACAAGAAGGUUUGCCUUUAUACUGGUCUACCUUCCUUGGAAGUGCCAAUGGUUGUGUUUGACCAUGUAGCUUCACACGUUAAAAGGCAAACUCAGUCACUUGAUAGGUUCCAAGAGUUUAUUAUUGUACUCAUGAAACUUAAGGCUUAAUCUACCAUUACAGGGUCUUGCCUACAGUUUUUGUUGUAUCAAUUUCAACCAUUUCAAGAAUAUUUUUCCAUUGGAUUGUGGUAAUGGACAAGAGACUAUUUCCCUUUGUUUUCUGGCCAGACAGGUAUCAACUUUGGAAGACAAUGCCCCAGUGUUUCCGGUAUGCCUUUGGCAAGAACACAACUGUUGUCAUUGACUGUUUUGAGGAGUUCAUUACCAAACAUUUUCCAGCUAUAAACACCACAACACCAUAAGAUUAUUGUUGGAUUAACCCCACAAGGAAUGAUUUCUUUUGUUUCAGAAGCCUGGGGAGGUCUUGUCUCCAACAAAUUUGUAACAGAGAACUGUGGUUUCUUGGUCAAGCUUCUUCCAGGAGAUAUGGUGAUGGCUGACCGAGGAUUUACCAUCAGUGUAAGAGUUGGCCUCAAGCAAGCGAGACUGGUAAUCCAAGCUUUCACAAAGGGCAAAUCUCAACUGGACCCAGUGGAUGUGGAUCAGACUAGAGGGAUUGCAAAUGUAAGGAUCCAUGUGGAACAUGUAAUUGGAUUGCUCAGAUGGAAAUUUACAAUUCUGGAAGGUACCCUGCCAACUGACUAUCUGAUAUCUCAUCAUGAAACUCUGAUCACCACACUCCACUGGUGGAUCACAUGACAAGAGUUUGUGCAGCUGUCCUCUAUUGUACCAUUUGAUUAACUUCCCAUUCCAAAUAGUUACGGUAUGUUGUGUAUGAUUGAAGUCCUCAACUAUUGAUACCAUUUGAUUGGAGGUCCCAUUCAAAAAUGGUGAAAACUUCCAUUUUGAGACUUUAGAGAUAGAAAUAUCACUUUCCCCUUCACCACUUGCUCAAAGGAAUCUGAUGAAGAACAAUACUUGUUUAAGGGUGGUGGCAUUGUCAAAAUAGAUUUGACUGCAAGAUUUGUUGUCAUCUUCAUUCAGAAUUCAGUUGUCCAAUAAUUGUUGGGCAUUCUGUUUAAAAAAAACUGUGUUUUCUUUUUAUCAACAAAGUAAAGGUAAAUGUGAAUGGAAAAAGUGAGUUCUUUUUUUUCCAUCUUCUUUUACAGUUGUCUCCAUGGCAUUCUACAACUGUCUCUGUUGUACUAGGCUUAGCCUUGCAGAUGCAAAUGUUAUCCAAUUUCAUAGCUGCCUGAAUAGAUGCCAUAGAGGGUUGUGCUGAUGUCCUGGUACCACCUCUUCUCUUGAAUUGGGGAAGUCGAGAGUAGUGAGGGCAAUACCAAGUCUUCUGCUUUCUCAUGGUUAUGAGCUAAAGACAGGAAGGGUGAAACCUUUCAUAAGGGCACUUUUUGUUACUGCAUGAAAUGGUGCAUCCUUAUCUGGUAAUUUAGGGGGCACUGUGCAUCUUCAGGUUUACCAUCGCCCUAGAAUUUCUGAAAGAAUGCGUAUUCUCCAAAAUGUUUCCAGUUUGGGCAGUACAGAGUUCCAGUGCUGCACAUCUGGAUAUUUGCACAGCACUAUUAAAUUCAUGCUCUUUUUCUCAUCAAUGACACAAACCACAAAGUCGUAAUACUUGAUUUCAGGCACAGAGAAAAGCUGUCGCUGCACCUGAUAGUAAUAGCUGUGACUUUUUCUGAGCUGUAAAUGUCCAUUCAUUUUUUCUAGGCAGGAAUUCUUCUGCUGAGCAAAGUUCUCAAAGUUGCCAUCUUUGAUUAUAAUUGGGCACUUCACUUCACCACAUCCAGUGCCACAACAGUCACAUGACACUAGAAAAUCAGGAGUGGAAUGGAGAAAUUCAUGUUCUUUGUUGAUAAAAAAGCCACACUUCUUAACAGUUAAGUUCACAUGACCAGUUUUUACAGCAGUUUCGUAUGCAUUUACAGCAUGACUUUCAUGCCUCUGGCCAUGCCUGGUAGCUUUAUUGUUAACUAUGUAGAGGCUUGGUUAACAAAUUGUUUUAAUCAGAGAGUGAGAGGGCUGUGCAAUGUUUGUGUGAAAUUCUGCAUGACUUUCAGACGCACCAAUUCUGCCAGCUCGAUGUCUAAGAAAUCCUGACCCACUAGCUUGAUCUCUUUUGUUGAGUUCCACUUUGUUUACGUCCUCAUCAGAAAUAUCCAAUGUCACUUCAACACAUUUUCUCAGUAGUUCUGGAUAAUCAAGAUCAACAUUUCCCGUUUCAAAUAGGUUGGGAAUAAUCGGCAGUGAGCGGCUCUCAUCGAUAAACUGGUGAACAUAGGGAUCGAUGAAGCUGAGUACAGCAGCUUUAAUUUUGCAAGCAUUUAGCUUCGUAUACACAGCCUGCAUUUCUUCUUCUGAUAGAAACGCGAUGGGCUUACUUUGAUCGUCCUUUUCCGCUGAGUUUUCCUGCUGUUUCCCGAAAUUUGGGGGGAAGGGAGUCGAUUCUUUGGUCCAUCGUCUUUUUAAGCUUUUUUGCGGACGAAAAGUCGAUUUCCCGCACCUUCGAGUACGGCACUUCUCUAACAUAAGUUGGCAGAAUCCACGUGCAUUUUGUUUGAGCACAUGCGAGUUUCCCUUGGAUUCUUGUCACUGCUUCGAUAUAGAAAAGUACACACGCUACGUGCGAGCAGGAUUCAGCAAGGCCUGCCUUGCAGCCUUAGCAAUGAGUAGAAAGAAUGGUACCAUCACUUUCUGCGAUGAUCCAAAUGUCUUCCAGAGGAUCGUUCAUACGCUGCGAAUGUCUCACCUUCGCCACAACAACAAUCUUGUUGAACCGAUGUUACGAAGCCAGACAUCACUCGCUUGUACGCUUCAACAUUUUUGAAAGCUUUAAAUUGCUUAUUUGUAUAAUAACUUGUCUCCAGAACUAAAUAGGAAAGAAGGUCCGAGACUUCUAUAGGGAGCAAACAUUCUAAGUAGAACUGUUCCCUUGGAAUGGCUGCUGGAUCGACACCGACCACAGAAAUUUUCGUUCUCGAACACGGCUUUCUAGGUCCUCCGCAUAGUUCGAAAGCACGGGUAUCCUAAGGAGAAUAUUCCCUUGGAAUUCUGGAUUUUUUUCACUCGAAGUAUUCAUAGAACAAAGUAUUUGAAAGGGGGCACUACAGAGAUGGCAUUAUAUUUGCAUGAAAUUUCACACUUAAGAUGAGCACCAACAUGGCGGCGCUUAAAUUAUAUGUAUGACAUCAGCUACAAACCGAGAAUUGUAGCGGAUGAGUGAAAUAAACGAAGAAGGAGGUCUGGGUCGGGUCGUUACCCGAACCUCGUGACUAUUCGCUCCAUUUUACCAAGCUCUAGGCGAGCGUGAGGCCUUCGCGCUCGCCUCACGUUUGUUUCAUUUGAUUCAGCUAACUUUUCACUCAUAUCUAUUCGCGUAGCAUUUUUACAAAGCGCCCCCACGUUGGUGGUGGAGAACAAAAUAGAAAGCUUGGCGAAUAUAUCCAUGACAAGUGGGUCAGCUAUAAGUUUGAUCACGUGGAAAUGGUGCGAUAUGACGUCUUUCUAUCCAGGCCACCAAGAAAUAAACCCAACGUCGUUCAAAUCCUCGACGUGUUUAUAGGAAGCGUUGUCUGGAAUGUAACAGGCCCUGAAAAGGCGAGUGACCCCCUGCUGUUAUUAGGGUGAUUUGUAAAAACUAGGAUAAACUCGGAAUGGAUUGUGCACAGACAAAACCCCGAAGCAAAAAAGGCACUCAUAUCCAGCACCAGUCAUUUUUUAUCCUCCCUUGUUUAGAUGGACAAAACUAGCACUCAAGUUCUAAAUUUGCAUGUCAAGCCGUCCUACAAAUUUAAAAGCCUUAGCUUUGUCCCUUCUGUGUCGUCUUAACUCGUUAUUUAAAAACAUAAUUAAUUCUUAGAACAUAUAACAACUGUUUGUUUGUAUUUUUCCUUUCAAUUUCUUAAAAGUUCUAUUUAAACUAACAAGUGAAAGACAUGUUAAGUUAGGAACGACAACGGAGAGAAUGUGUUUAUUCCUAUGGUACAGUUCCCCAAAAAGUCUAUAGUUCACCUUUGGGAACUAUAUUUAAAGGGACAAAAAUAAAAUUUUCAUUGUUCUUGUAUUACUUAAUAUAUUUUCACUUGUCCUUUUUACUCUUGACUUGAUAAUGACGUGAAGUAAUAUUGAAACGUCAUUAAAAAUAUCAUAAAAACAGCUUUUAGAAGUUCUAACGUUCUAGCGUCGAACUUUGUAAUCAUUUGUUUCUCCAAAUUUCUUCUUAUUUCAAAAAAUUGAAGGGGAAAUAUUUUCUUGCUUACGGCUUUUAGAUCGCAGAGCCAAGUGAAAACGACCCUCUUGUCCUGCCACCCUUCCUGGGCUACUCUCCACCGGGAAUCGUGGUGGGUGACCUAAUGUACGCAAACUACGGUACUGUGGACGAUUUCCUGGAAUUAGAGAAGAGAAACUUGAAAUGCACUGGAAAGAUUGUGAUCAUGCGAUAUGGAAAAAUAUUUCGAGGAAAUAAGGUAAAAUUUGAGAAACGCCUAGUGUCGUUUGCAUGGUUGUUCAAUGAUUCUCAAACGUUUUUGUCCCUGUAGGUCCUUAACGCCCAAAACUGUGGAGCUGUUGGUGCACUGCUAUAUUCUGAUCCAGCGGACUACUCUCCACAAGGGAUGGAGGAAACGUUCCCAAAGACAUGGUGGCUUCCAGGAACUGGUACCCAGAGAGGAACUAUUGGCUUAGCAGAUGGUGAUCCUUUGACCCCUCUCCUGCCAUCAAUAGACGGCGUUUACAGACUAGCCAUCAACGACACCGACGCCAUACCGAAAAUUCCUGCACAAGUGUUAACGUAUGAUAAUGCUGUCGAAUUUUUGAAGCGUCUUGGAGGUAUGAUGUCACGUAUUUAGUGUUGUCCCCUCAGUGAGGCAGUGACUUAAGCUCUACGUUUGUUGAGGUUUGAAACUUUCGGACCAUAAUGGAAUCAUUAGGCACUCCCCUUGAAUUGAUUUUUUUUUAACAUCACCUACAGAAAAGUAGGAAGUAGCAGAUUGAAGAGAUAUGUCCAUUUUAUUUGUCAGAGGCGUAGGGCAAGAUAUAUUUGAAUCAUACCUCCUCACACCUUUCAAUUGGGCUCAAACUCUCCGCCAAUAAACUUUCUUAUAAAGAAAACUCUUGGCGAGGAAGGCCACAAUAUAACUCUACAUCUUUUUAUGUUUAAGGGGGUACUCCUAAGAGGUAACUCCUGAUAUAUAAUUUAGCUAAAUGAUCUACCCAAAUCAAUCUUCGAAACUCUUUUUUCGCUGAAUUUAAAUUCUGGGUACUUCACCAAGGCAAAUCAGUACCCUCAAGCUGGGCAGGUGGCCUAGGCAUCGUCUAUAAGUUUGGCCCAGGCUCCCCAGAUGGAAACUUUAAAGUGAGACUGGAGGUGAACAACCAGUUCGUUACGUUACCUGCGUAUAACGUCAUUGGUACGAUCCUUGGAAAAGAAGAGCCCGAUCGUUGGGUGCUCAUGGGAAAUCACCGAGACGCUUGGGUGUUUGGCGGAGUGGAUCCUUCAAGUGGGUCAGCGGUUAUGAUGGAAGUGUCGCGCGGCUUGGGAAAACUACUGAACGAAACUGACUGGCGGCCUAGGAGAACGAUCAAGCUUUGCAGUUGGGGCGCUGAGGAAUAUGGUCUAGUCGGUUCAUAUGAAUGGGUGGAAGAAAACAGAAACAUGUUAAGAGACAAAGCAGUCAUGUAUCUGAAUGUUGACUCUGCGGUGAAAGGAAACUACAGCUUUGGAGCAAAUGGGAAUCCUUCCUUAAAGUCACUUGUUUAUCGAGAAACCGCAUCCGUGAAGGAUCCCAAUGGGCGGGAAAAGAGCGUAAGUGUUUAUGAUCGCUGGUCAAAGAAAUAUCCUUCCUCAUCUCCUGGAAAACCUCAAUUUGGAGGUCUAGGCUCUGGAUCUGAUUAUGCGCCUUUCAGUCAUUUCAUUGGAGUACCAAGUAUUGACAUGAGUUACAGAUUUAAGAGCAUGAACAGGACUCUAUAUCCUGUUUAUCACACAGUUCAUGACACAUUCUACUGGCAAAAAACCUUCAACGAUCCACAUUUCACCACUCACUUGGUGAUGUCUCAAAUAGGUGCAAGAAUUCUGCUCGCGGCUGCUGACACUCCCCUUAUUUCCUUACAAUCUCACGGACUACAAAAUAGCUCUGGAACGUAACCUUGAUACCUUGGAAACAGUCCACAAAUCUGAACUCUUGAAGGGAAAUAUAACUCUUAAUUACCUGGCUCGUGAGGUAGCAGAGUUUUCAAAAACUGCAGACGUCUUCGAGCAAAGAAAGGCUAACGCUAGUGAUAUCAAGGACUUCACCCAACUGCGUAUUCUUAAUGAUCAGAUGAUGAACAUGGAGCGCGCUUUCAUUUGGCCAUUCGGACUUCCGGGAAGGACACGAGUUCGCCACGUGCUGUUUGCGCCUCAGAUGCACAACAUCUAUGGUAGUUCUAGCUUCCCAGGAAUCACCGAUGCCUUGUUCGACAUCGACAAGACCAACAACUGGCAACUUGUUAAAGAUCAAGUGUCGAUCGCCAUAACGUGUGUGCGAGAAGCGCGCAAGAUUUUGGCCGCGUAGACAACUAGUGUGUGUCCUUUGUUCUCCGAAGUGUUUAACUUUACUCAAGUUAAAACCAAAUUCUGAAAAACGAUGAACUUUUACUAAUAGUGAAGAAACCUUAGAUUAGUACACAGCUUUUUCCUUUUUACUCUGAAAGAGUGCGCUCAUGAUUUUCUCAUUGCUUGUUGAGGUGAAUAAUUGGUCUUACUUUUUUGAGCAUGCCUGUAAGAUGUGGUCGAGUGAUUAAACUGCAGUGAG